ACAGCAAAGAUGUCCGCGCUCAUUUGAAAACCUGCUGUGGCCAAAUCAACAAUUUGGCACAUGAUACGACUUGUUUUUAUGUUGGCGCUCGCGACGACGUUGUGCUCAAGCAAGAUUCGUAACAAGAGAAGACAGGGACUCCGAGACAAGAGCCAGAUUAUUCCUUAUUAUCAGAAAUAAUGCUGAUAUCUGGAACUCAUGUCGGAAGUCGUGUAUGAAGAGACAGCCACGAUGAUCGCCGCAGGGGAAUUGCAGUCGUUUGUCCCGUUUGGCCGCGAGCACUGCAGGAAUCAUCCAAACGCCUUCAACCUGCAGCUGAGGGAGCUCCAGCCCGCCUCUGAGCUCUGGUCGUCAGACGGUGCCGCUGGCCUGGUGGGGUCCCUGCAGGAAGUCAGCCUUCAGGAGAGAGAAAGGGAAUGCUGGCAGCUUAGGAAAGGGUGCGUGGGGGUCAAAGAGGAGGAGGAUGUGGAGUUUGAAGAAGAGCUCUAUGCAGCAGGGAAUGUGGUUGUCUGGAGCCAGGGCAGUCGCACACAAGCCUCCAGUGUAUAUAAAGCCUUCACCGUCGACAGCCCAGUGCAGCAGGCCUUGUGGUGUAAUUUUGCUGUUCCUCACAACAAGAAAGACGAGGAAGACGUAGAGCACACGGUGUGUAUCGUACAGAGUAGCUGCAUCAACGUUCACACUGUGACCGGGAAGGACUUCAUCUCACCACUACCAUUCCAGGUCUCAGAUGUCUGGGCAACCAAGUUUGGACUUUUGUUGGAGCGUAAAAACACAACGAAUGACACACAACUCGGCUCGCCUGGGGAACCUCUGCCCACUGUGUUCAGCAUGCUGCAUCCUCUGGAUGAGAUUGCACCGCUUGUAUGUAAACCUACAGGUGCGUUUGAUGGCUCCCGUGUGCAGUACGUGUCUGACUCCACCAUGAAGAUAGUGUUCACCUGCUGCCAGCCCUCUAUAGUUGUAUCAUAUGACUCUGUACAGGGAAUACACUCAGUCUGGGCAUUACGCAAAGUCACACAUGAUGAGCGGUCUACAGUCCUGCGGUGUCCAGCGGAGCCGGUUGGCACACCGUUGGGUCUGAUGGCUUCGGGCUUCCUCACCUCUCACCUGCGCAAUAUCUCACGCCUCGACUCUCCUGGUGGCAUUGGGACAACUGGGCUCGGGCCUGGAACCGGAACAAGUUGUGCUGUUGGUACCAGCUCUCCUCUCCACUACAGCGCUCUUCACAGUCACCAGAGCAGGAUCAUGGCAUCCUCACCAGGAAUACACUCUCGAAUUCAUUCCCCGAGUAUAUCCAACAUGGCCGCCCUCAGUCGUGCCCACUCUCCGGGCAUGGCAGCUCCGUCCUUCUCUGGUGCGUCUCGUUUCAACACGUCUUUUCACAGUCCGUCAUCCAGGACGCACCACGGCCUCCUGCCGUCUCCCAACUGUACCGUCAAUGAAAUGAUGCUGGUGCCGGAGAUGGAGCCCAUCAUACCAGACCUCUGCAUGGAACAGCUGUGGAGUGAGACAGUCACUGCUGGCUGUCACAGGGAGAUGAGCAGCCAGGCGUCUAAAGUGUUCCUGACCUCUGACCUCUGUGAGAACCACUACCUCUGCUUCCUGGUGGAGUCUCAUCAACAACUCAGAUGUGUGAAGUUUAUUGAGAGCAACGAUCCGUCUCAGCUCAUCUUCCCCUCGGUCACAACCAUCCCUGCCAAAGACGCAGAGCCUCUGCAGAACAUAGACGCCAUGCUGGUUUUAGAGGCCUGUGGAAGCCUGGUUCUCUACACAGGAGUCACCAGGGUCAGUAAGGUCUUCUUCCCCGGCCUCCUGUCACCCACCUUCGGUCUGACCAAUCACCUCCCGUACCUCAGCACGCCAGUGGAGAACGUCAGCACACCCACUAACGCUGGCAGCAGGCACCUCCAAAGACUCGUUGAGGAUGUUUUACCGUCACCGUUGUCAGAGCUAAGAGGCCCAAACUUUAAACAUCACGAAGCUUCAUUUUUGGAGGAUUACAGCUUUCAACAAGCUACACCCUACAUCCAUGCUUUGCGGGAUCCGGUCUGCAACCGAGUCACUUUGGAACUGAGCAGUGGCACGAUGCUGAGGAUAUCUAUCCCAGAGAUUGCUACCUCAGAGCUGGUGAGGAAGUGCCUUCAGGCGAUCCGUUUCAUCCUGCCUAAAGACGCUGCCAUGAAGGUCUUGGUGAAGUGGUAUAACAUCUACAACGCCCCUGGCGGCCCCAGCGCCCACACAGAGUGGAACCUUUUUGUCACCUGUUUCAUGACGCUGAUGGGCUACAACACCGAGCGCCUGACCUGGACCAGAAACCUGCAUUUUGAAGUGCCUCUCUCUCCGGUGAUUGCGGCGAAGAAGGCUCGUCCCUCUGACGGGGGCUCUGAUGAGGACUGGGACUACUUACUGGGCUCUCAUUACCACCGUCAGAUGAAUUCCCAGCCUGCCUGCAGCCCAGUGGACUCCACUGGCACAAAUAACACUCUCACCACAGAGACUGAGCCUCUUUCCUCUGCGUCUUGUCCCUCGAGUCCGUCCCUGAAGCUGGACAGUUCAGCUCCCCUCUUCCCUCACAUUCCCGCCCUUUUCUACGUUCUCCAUCUUCUGUAUCAGGAGCUGCAGCUGGAUGAGCUGCAGAGAGCCCGAGCCUCAUCGCUGGUCUGUCUGCUACAACAACUGGCCAGGGACCUUCAGUUGGAAGAAUAUGUGGAUCUCUACUGGAGAGACUACCCUUCAUUAAUUAGUGGCUUUACUGAGAGCUGCUUCAUCGACCAGGCACUGAUUGAUCAGAUGCAGCGUCCAUCCUUCCUCAGGCCGGAGCCUCCCUGUGUGUUCAGCUGGCUCAGUAGGUGCUUGAGAGGAGAGGAGAACCCGCCUUUCCCCUACCUGCCCGGCAUCUGUCAGAGGACCAGGCUGCUGGUUCUGAGUUACGCUCUCUACAUCAUUGGAGAUGAAAAUGCUACUUCGACCGAUGGACCACAGUACCUGCUCAAGCUCUCUGCAGGCCAGAAGUCCUGUGCAAGUGAACCGGAAAUCAGGAGACAGAGCAGUGUGAAGUUCAAGUUUUCCAAUAAGACUCUGGCUGAGCAGUUGGUCGUGUGGCUCACCUCCCAGGGUUUCACUCUGAAGGACUUGGAGUCGGUGCCCUUUGGCGUCGCGUUGCCCAUCAGGGAGGCCAUCUAUCGGUGCCGCGAGCAGCCGUGUUCUGAUUGGUCGGAGGACGUCUGUCUGCUGAUUGGACGUCAGGAUCUGACCAAACAAGCCCACAAGAUGACACUGGCCAAGAGCAAAGCUUCCGUAGGCACAGGAUUGUCACUGGAGCCUCCUGCAACCACAGAAGUAGAUGAGGAGGAGGAUGGGAUGUCAGACAUAAUUCAGGAGGUCACAGGACUGAUUUGGAGCCAGGACCUGAGGGUCCAGGAGGUCAGGAGGCUGCUGCAGAGCUCAAGGCCCGUCCGGGUCAGUGUUGUCCAGCUGCCAGAAGUCUCUGAUCACGAGUACAUAGAGGAGAAAGAGAACAAACUCCUGCAGUUGUGUCAGAGGACCAUGGCGCUCCCGGUUGGAAGAGGCCUUUUCACUCUCUUCUCCUAUCACCCUGUGCCAACUGAACCGUUACCUGUCCCAAAACUCAACCUCACAGGCCGCGCUCCUCCAAGGAACACAAUGGUAGAUUUGAACAGUGGGAACAUCGACGUCCCUCCCAACAUGACCAGCUGGCCCAGUUUUCAUAACGGAGUAGCCGCUGGACUUAAAAUAGCCCCUGCUUCACAGGUGGACUCAGCCUGGAUCGCCUACAACAAGCCAAAGAGUCCUGAGCUGGCUAAUGAAUAUGCCGGCUUCCUGAUGGCCCUGGGGCUCAAUGGACACCUCACCAAGCUGGCCACACUCAACAUACACGACUACCUCACUAAGGGCCAUGAGAUGACCAGCAUCGGGCUCCUACUGGGAGUGUCUUCAGCCAAACUGGGCACCAUGGACGUUUCCAUCACUCGCCUGCUCAGUAUACACAUCCCUGCUCUGCUCCCACCCACCUCCACCGAGCUGGACGUGCCGCACAAUGUCCAGGUUGCGGCUGUAAUUGGCAUCGGGCUGGUGUACCAGGGAACAGGACACAGACACAAUGCUGAGGUCUUGCUGUCUGAGAUAGGCCGACCCCCGGGUCCAGAGAUGGAGUACUGUACAGACAGAGAGUCGUAUUCACUCGCCGCUGGACUCGCCCUGGGUAUGGUCUGUCUGGGGCAUGGAAGCAACUUGAUCGGGAUGACAGACCUGAAUGUGCCUGAGCAGUUGUACCAGUACAUGGUUGGGGGUCACCGGAGAGCUCAGGCCGGGGCCAACAGGGAGAGACACAAGUCCCCCAGCUACCAGAUCAAGGAGGGUGACACUAUAAAUGUAGACGUGACGUGCCCGGGGGCCACGUUGGCCCUCGCCAUGAUCUACCUCAAGACCAACAACAGGUCCAUCGCUGAUUGGCUGAAACCGCCAGAUACGUGGUUCCUCCUCGACUUCAUCAAGCCAGAGUUUCUGCUGCUGAGGACUCUUGCUCGGUGUAUUAUCAUGUGGGAUGAAAUCCUCCCUAACACUGAGUGGGUCAAGAGUAACAUACCUCAGAUCAUGAGGGGAACAUUUGACCCUUCAGAAGACAUUAACAUGGAGACAAUGACCCAAGCCCAAGACUACAUCACGGCCGGGGCUUGCAUGGCACUGGGCUUACGCUUCGCCGGCUCUGCCAACUCUGAUGCGUUCGACUGCCUCUACAAGUUUGCGAGGACCUUCAUGAAGAUCAUGUCGUUUGCUGGUACAGCUGGUGUGCAGACGGGCUAUUACAACCUGCAGACGGGUCUGUCAAUGAUUCUCCUGGCUAUGUCCAUGGUGAUGGCUGGCACCGGGAACCUGAAGGUGCUGCAGCUCUGCCGCUUCUUCCACAAAAGAACCGGAGGCGAGAUGAACUACGGCUUCCACAUGGCUCACCACAUGGCUCUGGGUCUGCUGUUCCUGGGAGGGGGCAGGUACACCCUCAGCACCUCCAAUUCAGCCAUUGCUGCUCUGCUGUGUGCCCUGUACCCACACUUCCCUGCCCACAGCACUGACAACCGAUACCACCUGCAGGCCCUGCGGCACCUGGCUGUGUUGGCUGCAGAACCUCGCCUGCUGGUGCCGGUGGAUGUUGACUCCCUGAAGCCUUGCUAUGCCCUGUUAGAGGUCACCUACAAGGAGACCAAGUGGUACGACGAGACAACAGUUGAGCUGAUGGCUCCCACCAUGCUCCCUGAGCUGCACCUUCUCAAACGGGUGAAGGUAAAGGGGCCUCGUUACUGGGAGCUGACUGUGGACCUCAGCAAAGAAACUCAACAUCUGGAGUCCAUCUUGUCCAGAGAUGGAGUGUUGUAUGUAAAACUACGGGCCGGCCAGCUGCCCUACAAAGACGACCCCCAAGGCUGGAAGAGCCUCCUGGCCACCACUGUCAACCACCACAACUCUGGAGUCAGAGCCUUUAAGCCUGAGGCCAUCUCCACGUUCACCUCUGAGCCUGCUCUCAUCUCCUUCGCCGAGUUCUUCUGUAAGACGUCUGAAGGAAUGAAACACAGAGAGGAUACACUGGUGUUGUUCUCGGCUAUGCUGUACGAAUGUGUGACGCAGGAGUGUCCAGAGAUGCUGCCCACCUAUAUCGCUAUCGAGCAGGCAGUGGGAGCUCUGAGUCGAGGUGACCUGCUGCAGACCUUCCCUCUGUGGCAGUUACGUCUGGUGGUGGAGUUGUGGGACAGCAGGAUGCAGCGAGGUCCCGCCAGCCCCCACGACACCCUGCUCACCUCAGAGUUUCUCCCCGUUAUGAAGAACGUGGUGGAUGUCGCCCUGGACAGCUGGCUCAAAGAGAACAGCUCAGUUUUUACUUCCUACAUGAGGGACGAGGGCCUCUCGAGGAACGCCCAGUCUGUCAUGCUGGCCUGCUUCCUGACCUACCGCUCCAUCCCCUGCCUCAGGAACACACACACACAGCUGGAGGGCUGCAGUUCACUUGGUGAUUUGUUGUCACGUAGCAGCUGUCUGGGCAUCCCUCUCAGAGACCUGCUGAGGCUGGCCCCUGUCCUACUGAAUUCUGCGUCUGGAUCACAGACGAUGCUCAGCUUCCCCCUGCAAGCGUUUUGAUCCCAGAGCUCAGAACUAAUCUACGGGCUGAUUACCUCUCGGAGAUGCCAGUCAAAGCCUUACACUGCUACUACAGGUGGGAUUUUAGCUUGUAAUGGCUGCGUCCAUGUCCACCGAAAAGGACGACACCCAGAGUCUUUCGGCAUCGCUGCAGCGUAGCCACCCUGCUUCUGAGAGGACGCAUUUGGAAAAUACUGACUUCAUUUCCUUCUCAGCCUCUAGAAAAUAGAAUAACUAAUAUUAGAACUUUGUAAUAUAAUGUUUCUAUUAAUUUUUUUUUAUAUACAGCAUAAAGAAAGUUAAGGCUGCACUAAUUCUGCAGUUCAUGUGCCAAUAUUAUGCUGCAAACAAUCCAGAAUGAGAACUUUUCGGACGGGUUGCUCGACAGCCAAACAGCAACUGAACAAACAAGAAAAGAAAAGACUGGGUAUUUGAAAAUAAAUUGAAUGAAGUUGUACCAGCGUCCAUGCUGCCUGAGUUCAGGUCACUGUGUUGAGAGGACAAAGCAGACCAAGGCAAGACAAUAAAAUAUCAAAGUAUGUGCACAA